AUGGCACAAUAUUAUGUGCCCUUGCACACGACCUUGUUUAUGCCUUCUGGUGAACUAGAAGGUCUUUCAGCAUACUUUGACUGCAUUCCUCAUUACUUAUUCCGCACCUCUUCGCCUCGAUCCAGCGGCACCACCACUGAUACAUGUGUCACGUCGUCUGCGAUAAGAUAUGGCAUAGACCAGAGUGACAUCUUAGGUCGAGACAGGGAAGAAGCCGCGGAGAUGCUUAAGAAUCAUUUGUUGUGGAAGAGUUGUACACCCGAUAACCUAAUGUCAUGGACGAACUCGUUUCUCUUCGCUGUCCAACACGCCAUAUGGCGAGAGGAGACUGAUCGACCAGCUUCACCACCAGAGAAAAUAUAUAUCACAAGUCUGGAUACUCGAAAGACACCGCGAGGAGCGUUCUUACCCGCUACCGUGUUACUCGAAGCGUUCAACAUUGGAAGUACGGGCAAAUUGCGACAUGAAUAUUAUCACGGCGAAUAUCUCUCACAGGGCACGCUAUCCAGUAAUGCGAUCAUAACAACUACGCUAGCCGAGUUGAUUGAUCAUGGCUUAUACAAGUUAUAUCCUCCAUUUGCCGAAGUUAGGGAGAGAGACCGGCUCUUUCUCCGUGUUCAACAGCUCCGAGAAACCUUCACGGAGACACCAGAAGUGCCAACUGACGAGGAGAUCAACAAUGCACAGUGGUUAUCUGCCGUUUGUUUCAUCUAA